AUGUCGCUGGAAUUUCUGCCGCCUCUACCAGAACCCAAAUUCGUGUCUAUCUUCUCAGCUCUUCCGAUGUCAAGUUCGACCAAGAAUCGAGGCCUCUGGCUAGAGUCGCACGCCGAACAUCCAAAGUUGGUAGAUCUCCCCGUUCCCAAAGCUGGCGCAGGCUCUGUCGUCGUUCGCGUGCUUGCGACCUGGCUCCCACCAUAUACCGCAGGUAUCCAUGAUGGAACUCUGUCGGUGUUUAACCUCUUCCUUCCGCUGGUCCCCAAUCCCAGCAAUGUUGGGCGCAUCCAUGAGAUCGGCCCGGAUGCGGUGUCGUUGAAAGUGGGAGAUCUGGUGUACACCACUGCGUGGAUCAAAGCCCGUGACGAUCCGGAGAUCACCAUCCUCCAAGGACAUCACGGCGGAGAGGGCCCUGGUGGUGCCAAACUGAUGCAAGGCGAGUGGCGAGAUGGCGCCAUGCAACAGUUUCAAAAAGUUCCACUUGAGAACGUCUUUGUGCUGGACGAGACAAGACUGUGCCACGAACUGGGCUAUUCGGCAGCAGAACUGAUGGAGCUCCCUGUGCACACUAUGGCAUAUGGCGCAUUGUGUGAAGCGGGCAACCUGCAGCCAGGAGAGACGGUCAUCAUCGGCCCAGCUACUGGCACCUUCGGACCUGCAUCGGUCGAGCUAGCACUUGCCUCCGGUGCGAAUGUUGUGGCGCUCGGGAGAAAUAAGGCGAAGUUGGAGGGGUUGAAAGAGCAGCUUCAUGACCACAGUCGCUUGCGAUGCGUUGUCAUGACUGGCGACGUUAAGGAAGACGCAGACGCCAUCAUCGAUGCCACACCGAGCAAGCGAGGCGCCGAGCUGUUCAACGACUGGUCUUCGGCCACCUUAAUGGAUCCUCCGUACUUGCAGGCAGCCAUAAGAGCCCUCAAGUCUGAAGGGCGGGUGGUGCUGAGCGGCGCUCCCUCUGGUAACAUCAACGCCCCGUAUGCUUAUACCAUGCACAAGAACAUCCGAAUUAUUGGAAAGAUGAUGUGUGAUCGCCGGGGGAUCCAGUCGACGAUUGAGCUCAUUUCAUCUGGGUAUUUCAAGGUUGGGUCAAAGGCGGGAGCCGUCACAUCGACCUUUACACUGGAUCAGCAUGAUGAGGCUUUCCGCUACGCGGCGGAGAAAGGGGGCUGGAAAAACUACACGUUCAUGACUCCGAACAGUGAAUGA